GGAGGGGAACGCGUGCGCUUCCGGCGUCGCCGUUGCCGGGUGACGGUUGGGGGCGGCUGCCGUUCCGGGCGAGGCCCCGGGAGCUGGCGCAGGCUCAGCCGGGCGGGCGCGGCUUUCCCACCGCGACCCCGGAACAGCGGGUCGGGCCCGCGGCGCUGCCGGGGAAAUGAGUGACAGGAAAGCAGCAGGAAAAGCUGCAGCUCAGAAAGGUUCCAAACCAGCUUCACCGGUGAAGAAAUCAGGAACGGCAUCUAGAAAACCAGGUGGGGAGCUGAGCGGUUAAGUGAUAUGCCUGAAGUUACACAGGAUGUGGUUGGUGGAGCAGGGAUUUGAACACACAUCUCCUAAAUCCUAAACUAGUGCUGUAACUGCUGGACCAAAGACUCAUUUGUUUUGGAAGUGUUGUGAAGAAGAAAAAUUCCAAGUCAUCUCUCAGAGAUCCUUCCAUUCCCAUAAAUGAGGGACGGCAGAAGGCAGAAAUUAGUGGAGGUGUGGGUGAUAUGAAACUGAAGGCUUCAGUUUUGUGAAACAUUGGGUCACAUUCCAGUGGGAGAAGGACCUGAACAAAUAGGACUGCCAGCAACACAGAAGUAGGUGGGCUAAUCUCUGAAGACCAGUUGGAGCAGCGUUAAGCCAGCAAGCUGAGAGGAAAGGCACAGCUAAGGAAGAGAGCAGCUCCAAGCUCCCAAGGAAAUCCAGCAAUAAGCAGAAUGAGCCAGCCCUAAUACACAGCCCACAUAUAGGCCUUCAUUGCGAUGGUGAAGAAAGAGCAGGAAGAAGCUGAACGGGAGAGAGAGAAAGAGGAAGAAAAAAAGAAGCAACAGCGAGAAAUACAACAAAGGAAGAAACGGAUGCUGGAGGCGGCAUUUGAUGGGGAUGUGGAAGAGAUGAAGGCUGUGCUAAAGGAAGUGUCAGAUUUGGAUACUAAGAAUGGUGUGGGUACCGAUGAAAAAGGGAAGGCCAUGCGUCUCUCUAAUCACAUCAACAUGGUGGAGUGCACUGAUGCCAAUGGGAACACACCCCUUUUAGAGGCAGCGGGAGGUGGCCACCCCAACGCUAUCAAGCUACUGAUAGAAAAUGGAGCCAAUCCCAACUGCAAGGGAGCUUUUGGCAGGACCCCUCUUUAUCGUGCUGCUUUUGGUGGUCACAUGGCUGCAGUGGAGACGCUUCUUCAAUAUGGAGCAGACCCCAGACUUUAUGCUGAUGAUGGCAACACGCCUGAACAAAUUGCUUCUUUGGACAGCUUGGUUGCCAUUCUGCACUCCUGGGACAUCAGCCUGACCGAGUUGAUGCUACAGAAGAUGGAGGCAGAACAGCAAAGAAGAGCCUUGCUGGAAAAGAAGCAGAAAGAAGCUGAGACUCACCGAAUGAACGAGGAGGUGGAGCAGCUGGCUAAAACGCAAGAGAGAUGUAACAAGGAGCUGCAGCAGGCCUACUGUGAACUGAACAGGAGAAUCACGGAGCAUGACAAGUGUCAGAGAAAGCAGAUGGUCAAUGCAGAGCUGACCCUGCAGGCAAUUGGUGAUGCAGAGAAGUUGGUGGAGACUCUACGUCUGGCUGCUGAGAAAGCAGAGGAGAAACUGUCCCUGGCCAGGCUCAGGUUGCGAGAACAGACUCAGGAAGGGGUGGGGGAUGAAUUCCAAGGGGUGAAGUGCUCCGUACAAGAGCUUGAUGAUGUGCUAUUGAAGGAUGUGGGAGGCAAAAUCCAUUCAGAUGGACGAUGGCCAUUAAUCAUUGAUUCAUCUGGGCAGGCUGCAACUUUCCUGCGGUAUCGAGACACAAAUUACUUGAAUACACUGAACCCAAACGAUAUGAACAUAGAGACCAUUCGACUGGCCUUGCUGGGGGCCCUCCGGUAUGGAAAGCCAGUGGUGUUUGACAUGAUGGAAGUGAACAUGUUUGAUGCCGUGAAGAGGCAGUUGGAGGGAAUAGAGUCUGGACUGGCAGAGGCAAUUCUGAGCAAGCAGAUACUGCAGAAUGAAAGAUUAUGUGCUGUAAAUUUGGGGAAGAUACACUGUUCUCUCCAUGAAAAACAAUGAGGGAAAAUCCCUGUUUCAAGUGGAAAAACAGAACCCAUCUUUAAUGACAGCAGUGCUCUGUGUCAUGUGCCAUACAAGUGAAAACCCCUGACAUCAUGCGUAAAGGAGCAGAAUGGCCAGAAGGGAGCUAGGAGAGUGAAGAGCCAUUUACAGCAGAAUGUACAAUGUGACACGGCAGCAGAAUGAGACCAAUGCUACUUGGGACUGCUCUACAGAGGCAUGAAAUGAAAAGCAGAGAUGAAAUGGAAAGACAGUCCUUAGUAAUACACUGACUAAAAUGCCAUGCCUAUAUCUGGGUAUCUCACAUUAAACAGUGAAGAAACUUCAGAGAGAAGCAACAGUUCUCCGGUAGCCAGAGGGCCAGAUUUAUAGGGAGUGAUUAUUCAGAAUGCCACAAUUUGCGGAGAAAUUAAGGAAGUGCUAUGGAAGAACGUCCUGGCUGGAAGAGGGAUCUGGCUGGAGAAUCAUCCCCUCACAGAGGAAGGAAUGGGAACCCUGUUGCUGAGGCAUCAUCUCCCCAGGGAAAGGGGGAUGAGCCCCGGUUCGGUGAACAUUGGUUCAAUCCGGUUUUAAAUAACUAUAAAACGUACAAUAAUAUUACGUGACCUUUCUAAUAAUACGGGUCUCUCAGCUUUCCAGCCUCAAACAAAUGCACUGGCUCCAGCAUCUUCCAUCCAAGGCUCUCGAAGACUUUACAAACAUUAACUCAUUCACAUUCAUAGCCUCCAUGGGAGGAAGAAGAGUAGCAUUAUCCCCAGCAUACACAGAAACAUAGGAAUUGCCAGACUGGAUCAGACCCAAAGUCCAUCUAGUCCAGUAUCCUGUCUCCAGCAGUGGUCAGCACCAGAUGCUUCAGAGGAAUGGGCAAGAAACCUUGCAGUAACAGUUGUGGGAUAAUCUAUCCCCAUGAAGAUCACAUUCGAACUCCUAAUAGAGACUGUCUUAAAUCCUGAAGCAGGAGGUUUUAUCUCGUUUCCAAAAUGUUUGCUUGCAUUCAUUGUUAUAACUUUGGAUAUGUUUGUUAUCCAUAUAAGUGUUCAAUCCCUAUUUGAACUUUGCUAAGUUCUUGGCCUCAAUGACAUCUUGUGGUAAUGAGUUCCACAGUGUAAUUGCAAAUUAUGUAUGUAGAAAGGAAUUUCCUUUUAUCAGUUUUGCAUUUGCCACCUUUUAAGUUUCACUGCAUGUCUCUUUGUUCUGAUACUACGAAACAGGUGGAAAAAACAGGAGCAAAGAGAGGGAAGGGAAUUGUGCACGGGUCAUAUGAACAUCAGUGCCUGAGCUGAAGUCAAUACAAUGAGACUUUAUUGUCAUGAAGACCUACACAAGUGUUGCUAAAGUGUAAAGAAGAGACAAACCCCUCAAGUUCCUGUCAGAGGUAGACAGGAUCGGAUAGGCAGUUUGGCCUAUGCACUGUGUUCUGGCCACUACAGUCUCCCUUACUCCUGGUCCCUAAACAUUCCCUCUCUCUGAUGCUACAGAUUCAAUGCCAUGACAUCAGACCCUGCUAGUAAAGAGACUCACCGUGCUGCCCUCCACAUGGCUC